AUGGGCUGCUGUACUGCGUGCUGUGGUUGUGCUGUCCUGACGCAGCUUGUUGCGGUCGGGUGUUUACUUGCAGUCAUUCCGACAGCGUACCUCUCGUACGACUAUUAUCUUAAGCCAUGGGCCGAGGAUCACUAUGACGAAGCUGUGCAGAACAUGGCUUCACGUGCCGCUAGUGCAGCCAACGAUAUCGACACUUCUGGACUCUCUUGUGGUGAUUGCUUGGGCGUCAACUUGGAUUACCCGAUCUCGGGACUCAACACAGACUACUCAUCUUUUCAAAUCUCUGUCAUGAAUGACGCCGGCAAAUAUCUUUCUGCUGUGACGUCAUCGGGUGUUGCUAUUGCAGGAAUCGCAAGCUUCGCUUCUGCCAUAGUUGGGAUCUGUUGCAGAUGA